AUGACACCCUUUAAGCGUAGCGUCGAGUCCCUUCUCUCCCUGAUUCUGUUUGGACUUGGACGACGAGUACUUUGCGUCGUUUUGCUGUGUUACUUGGACCAGUCUAACUGUUUUUUUCUCUCUGCAGGCGUAGCGGACGGCGUGGGCGGAUGGCGGGCCUGGGGGAUUGACCCCGGCGAGUUCUCCAACUCCCUGAUGCGCGUCAGCGAGCGUCUGGUCAGGACGGGGAGCUACACGGCGUCCGACCCCGCGGCCAUCAUCGCCAGGGCGUAUUACGAACUCCUGGAGAACAAAACGCACAUCUUGGGGAGCAGCACGGCCUGUGUUGUCGUCCUUCAGGGUGAAGCUGGCCAGCUGUACUCGGCGAACAUCGGGGACUCUGGCUUCUUGGUCGUCCGGGAUGGCUCCGUGGUCCACCGGUCACAGGAACAGCAGCACUACUUCAACACCCCCUUCCAACUCUCCCUCCCACCUCCUGGCACCAACGCUCAGGUCCUUAGCGACAGACCCGAGAGCGCCGAGACUCGAGAAUUCUCUGUGAAGGAGGGGGACGUGCUGAUGGUCGCCACCGACGGGGUGUUCGAUAACCUCCCUGACUCCACCAUAGUCAAAGAAAUGGUCAAAGUGCAAGGCUCCACAGAUUUAUUAUUACUGCAACAAGCUGCCAACUCGAUCGCACAGCAAGCCAGAAAAUUGGCUUUCGACGAAGAUUAUAUGUCUCCAUUCGCCCGAAACGCAAGAGAAAAUGGCAUAAAUGCAAUAGGUGGUAAACCAGAUGACAUAACUGUUGUAUUGGCAACAAUCACACUUUAGACUGUGCGGGGCCCCAGGAACCCAUGACGAAAUCUCUGCAUCAUCCAGACAUGUGUACAUACUCCACCAAGUCCUACAUGCCUGCAAGAUAUUUGUUGCAUCCUUGUUCUCUAAUUUUUGCAACUUGAAACCAAUAAGCAGCUUUUCACUUUAUGAACAAGGGGAAAAAUAAUGUACUUCAGCGAUGUUGUUUUAUGGAAACUCUUUUGCUAUUUGUUGGUUGUAAUUUAAUCCUGAACGCUGCAUGAUGCUUGAGGUACCCAUAGAAGAAUUUGGAAAGGAAGUCUCUGACAGCCUAUAAUUUCAUGAAGUUAGAAUGUUGAUAUCAUUUUCAUGUAAGUUAACAUUUUCAUAGUAGCCUUUUCAUGGUUGUCAGAAUUACUUGAAAGGUAGUAAUGAUUAGUCAUCCUGUUUAUACAUAUCUGAUAGUUUUUUUUUUUUUUUUUAAACAAGGUUGAACAGGGUUGUUGAAUAGUAACCGUUAUCAUUCAGGGUUUACUGAUAAACAUUAUGUAUCAUCUCACCACUUUUAAUAGGAACAGUAAGGACACAGCAUGAAUUUGAACAAACUGAACAGAAAUAAAAAAAAGAGAAAAACCCAAAUUUGUGCUGUGAUCUUCUUUCCGAACAUAAUAAUAGCUACAUUCCAUACCCUCUACUUCCCAGCACCAAACAUUCAUUGUUUAUUUUACCCCAUGGUAUAUAAUUAUGUAUGGGCCAGAAAUCAUGCCAACAGUUUAAAGCUCCAAUGUACAGAAGUAAAUGUUCAGCUGAGCUUUCCGUAGUCAAAGAAUAGUAGUACUUUAUUUUAUGCUAUAGAUGUCAACUUUUGUAUUUAAUGGUUUAGACAUUAUUGUAUACCAUGGACUGUAAUUCAUCACCUUGUUCAUACUUCUAGUUACAUGGGACACUGGGACAUUCUACAAAAACUUAACCUCAAGGAAGAGUUAAGAGAAAUGUCUUUUUUUUAAUUACUGCCAAAUCUCCUGAUAUGGAAAUACGAUCAGGCCAGUAAUAUUAAUAAACUAUAAACACAAUUGAUUUAAUAUGUAUUUAAGCUUGCCACUUUUAUGUGUGGCUAGUGGUUAUAGAUUAUUAAGAUUUCUGGUUGAACAUAUUUCAUAAAUUGAAAGAUGUCCUUAUAAAGUGCAAUUCAUCAUUUUUGUCAUUCAGUCUAGUCAAAUACCAUUAAUGCCAUUAAAUAUUCAUCCAUGCACACUUUAGCAGUGUUGUAUAAUGGGUUGUAAAGACAUGAGAUUUCCCAGCCCUGUUGUGGAGCAUCAUCUGACAGUACCAACUUCAGUACAUCUUAGUUUAUGAAAAGUGAAGAAUGUUUCAUAGAAGAAAAACAGAAACUUUUAAAAAUAAACCUGAAUAUAUGACAGUUGGUUUUCAUUGUUGCCACAGGUUUAGUGCACAUAGUUAAAUAACAAGUGUUAUGUAUCACAGUCUGCUUAAACUUUCUGGGGCCCCAACACCAUAGCGUCAGGACCAGUUCAGUAGUAGUGAGCCAGUGUUCUCACUUAGGCACGUAGUACUCAUAGAUUAGGUAGUGUACUGGUAUGGCAGAUUAGGAAAGAUUUGUUAUAUCAUGGAAAAAUAAUUAGAUAAGUGAAAUAAUAAAAGUGGAUGAUGAUAAUGCUGGGAAAAUAUAUGACGAAGUGGCUACUAUAUAUUACAUUUUAGUACAGCUUCAGUUUGGGUUUAUUUUUGCGUUUGCCAUCACUUGAGUCUGUAAGUCAUUAGCAUCAGUACCGAUUGCUAGCUCAUUAUAAAGAUUAAUAUAAAUUAUUUUAAAUACCUUAUGUAGGUGUGCAUUUUUUUCUCUUUUUUUUUUUAGGUCAUGUGUCAAGUGAUUGUUUUAAUUUUGGUCAUGAAUGGAUGUGCAGCUCACAGUAUCUCAUAAAGCAUUAAAGUGGUAGGGCUAGUUUGAAACAGCAAUAUUGUUAUGUUCCUUUCCUUACAUAUUACAUUAUUUGAUAUUGUUGUUAGAGAAUAAGGGCUCCAUAAACUUUAACAUUUCUAUAAAGGUAUCUUUCAUGAUGUACUUCCAAGAUAUUUUUGUAAACUGUCAAAGUGAAAUGUUCCCAAUGGUAGUGCACUAAUGAUUUGUAUCUCAGCAACUCAAAGGCAAUAUAGGUUGUACAGAAUAUUUUGUUAAUUGAAGCAGUUUUAUCCUUACUCUGAUUUUUCUUGUGUAUUUUGUAAAAAAAAGAUAUUUCUUAAGGCUAUAUAUGCUGAUUAAAAAAAUAUUCUGUAUAUUUUAUAUUGGUAUUGGUAUAAGCUGCAUUUUUGUGAUACAAUUUGUUAUGAUGAAUAAAUGUUUUGGAAAAGGUAUUGCUAAGGAUGCAUUUUCUUUCAGGUAGAGUUGACAGAAUAUAUGACUUGCCAUUUCACAGAUGCAAGAUACUUAUCACAAGAACACAGCUUGAAUUCUGUGAUCCUAGUUCUUGUCAUUGACGGACAGAAUUCAAAAAGGAGUCUGCUGGUUGAAGCAAACUCACUUCAGAAUCUAAAAGAGCAAAAAAAAAAAAAAAAAUGUUUAUUGUACUAUAUAAAAGAAAUUCUCAAAAACAAUGAAACGAUUUUAUGUCACAGGUUAUGGAAAGAAAUUGACUAUAAUUUUGGAAUAGAACAACAACUUUGGUCACAAGGAAGGUGACUGUUUUUUUUUUUCCUUUUUUUAUUUCUUUUUUUUCUUCUUCAGGGAAAUUUGGUAAAGGAGGAGUCACUGUUUGUGAUGUUGCUUAAGACAAUGCAAUAUAUUAUGUAUUAUAAUUGUAUUAUAUUAAUACAUAAAUAAAAUGCAAGAAAGUAAA